AUGAAGCAAAAUAAUAGAAUAAUAAAUGAAAUUACUUACCGUUUAAAAUCAGAUUUAAAAUUAUCUUCUGAUGUUAAUUUAGAACUGUUAUUUAAGACGUUAGAAUUAGAUGUUAUUUUUUACUUGCCAGAUUCAACGAUAUUUUUAAAUUUUUUAAAAUAUUAUAUUAGCAUUAUUUGUAAGAAAUAUAAAAAAAUUGAUAAAAUAUUUUUAGUGGUAGAAGAUAACAUGGCAGGAAAGGCGGAUUUUUAUAAGACUGUGUGUGAAAAUACAAUCGCUAUAAUCACAGAAAAGGAAUUAUGUAAUGAAACUGUUGGUAGUUCGAUACUGGUAUUUGAUGAUCUAAAAAGUAUUGGAAAUUUUACUGAUUUGUUACAGAAAAAUGAUGAACAUUUGAAAAAGUAUAUUUGUAGUUUUGGGUUUACUACAUCACCGUUUUUCUUUUAUGAUCUUUAUACUUCAACUGAUGUAAAUUUUACAUCUUAUGCGCCAAUAAUUUAUGGACAGAAUAUUAGAUGGUUCUACAAAAAAGCGCUAUUUAACACAGAAAUUAAAACCUACAAAAAAUUUGAUGAAGAAAUAUUUUUAGAUAAAAAUAAGAACCAAAUUAAUUUGCAUUUAAAAGGUUUAUGUCAAAUUGUUAAUGAAUUUAAAAAUGGUGAAAGGGAAGAAGAACAUGAUGUUGCAAAGAGAAUUAUUUUUUUAUUGUAUAACGGAAUUUAUAAAACCAAUUUUAUAUUAGAUGUAUUAUUGAAAGAUAAGAAAUAUGAUAGAAUAAAAAAUGAAAUAGGAUUAUAUCAUUUUACGUCUAAUAAGUUAGAUGUUCUGAUUAAUGAAGUAUUUAAAUGUAUCUCUAGUAACAUUUAUAUUAUUUUUAAUUCUAUAAAAAUACUUGAUAUUGUUUACAAUAUAAUAAUUUAUGAAUUAAAAUAUUUAACAGUUGUCUCUAAUGAUCAGAUUAAUUAUGUGAUUCACAUACGUUCUAAUGAUAAUGUUGUUAAAAAAAUUUAUUUUAUGAUUUAUAAUCAGCUUCCUGAUAUUUCAGAAUUAGACAUAAUAAUUUUUUUUGAUUUUAAACCUAUUAACACCAAGGCUAAAAAAAUAAUAUUGUGUCAGAAAUCUAAUGAAGAUUUAUUUGAAAACUUAAUCAACUUUGAAAAGAAAAUUGAAACGGAGAUUAAACCUAAUUUUAAAAUUCCUAAAUUGUUGAAUACAGGCAAAAUUUAUAAUAAUCUUGAAAUGUUUGUGAUUAAAAUACAUAGUGAAAAAACAUAUGAAAGGAAAAAUAUCAAUUUAGAUGAUUUAUUUCAAGUUAAAGAAUUUGACACGAAAAAAAAUACGUUAUAUGUUGAAAAAAAGCAUAAUUUUUCGUACGUUGCAUUUAAAAUAUUAGAACGAGUUUAUGAACCAUUGGAAUUUGAUUUUAUUAAGCCCAAUCAUGACAAUAUAUCAGUUAUAUCAUCAGGUAUAGAGUUUGGAACAAUAUCGAACAAAAAGACAUUUCUCAAUUCUUAUAAAAUGAAUAGUACUUCUUAUGUUUUUUUCAGAAGAGAUGUCAUUGCAAUAUAUUUUUUUGGCAAAAUGGGCAACUUUAAACUAAAAAUAUCGCAAAAUUGUUUUGAAGAUUAUGUAUUUAUUGAAAAGGAUGGAUUUGUCAUUAAUUUUUAUAUUUGUUUAGAUCGAAAACCUAAAAUUUUUAAAUGUAAAAAUUCUUUACAAAUCCACAAAAAAUUAUCUUCUAUUACAAGUUUAGGUAGUAUUGAUCGUUAUAACUUAUUUGAAAGUGUUGUUUGGAGUAGAUGUUCCAUAGAAGAAGUUCCUUUUCUAGUGCAUAGAGAUGAUAUAAAAAUUUCAUUUGAUUUAAAAAAUAAUGCAGAUUUUAAUAUAAUUAAAGAGAUUAUUUUAAAAAAUAAACAUAAGCAUCUAAACAUUAAGACGGAAAAGAGAAUUAUGUUAUAUGAAACUAUUGACUGUUAUAUUUCUUUUUUUGCAAGAUAUCAAAAUAUAGCUUUAAUAUUUUCAAAUUUAAAAGCUACAAAAGAGGAUUUUUUAAGUAUUCCUGAACUUUACGAAGAAUUUUCUAAUUUGAAUUAUGAUGAUCACUUCUAUAUGUUGUGCUUAAUAUCCCAAAAAGAACGAUAUUUAAAUUUUAAUUUAACUAAGAAUGAUUGUAAACUGAUUUUAAAAUAUAAUAUUUUUAAUAUUGUUAAUUAUCUACUAGUCUCAAUUGAUAAAAGAUUUUUAAAUUUUAUUGCUCUCAUGGAAAAUUAUAAUGAAAUAUCUUGUGAAAUGCAAGAAAGAAGAGUUAAACACGCAGUUGUUACCCCAUUAAGAAUAGUUUACAAAUUACCUGUUGUUUUUGAAAGUAAUAGAAUUCUUAGAGAAUUUGAUUACGAAAAAUUUUUAAGAAUAUCAUUUAGAGAAGAAGAUCUUAAAACUAAAAUAAAAGAUACAGUUAACAAAGAUCAAAAUUUUAUUUAUGAUUAUUUUAGAAAUAUUUUGAAUGAAGGAAUUUUUGUUGGAAAAAAAAAGUAUUUUUUUGUCGCCAUGACUACGUCACAGAUGAAAUUACACAAUGUGUGGUUUCUUACACCUUAUUUUUCAAAAAAUACUUUAAUAGGACCUGAUUACAUAAGAAAUUGGUUAGGUGAUUUUUCACAGAUCAAGAAUAUUGGUAAAUAUGCUAUGAGAUUGGGUCAGGCUUUAAGUAGUACGAUACCUACAGUAGAUAUCAUAGACUUUAUUGAAAUUGAAGAUAAUAUUAAAAAUGGAUUUACAUUUACCGAUGGCGUAGGUAUAAUUUCACUUUCACAUGCAAAAAUUAUUGCUAAAAAAUUGGGUCUUGAUGAAAUUCCUAGUGCAUUUCAAAUUCGAUUUGGUGGAUAUAAAGGGGUUAUCGUUGCGCAUCCAAUUAAUAGUGAAGAUAAAGAGUGUUUUAAAGAUUUUAAUAUUAAUAAGAAAUUGGGACAAGCUGUUUUAAAUAUUUUAAGAUCUUAUCAAAAUUCCGAUGUAAAAAGAAUUCGACUUGAAGAAUUUAAAGAUGAAAAUUUGUUAAUUAAAGCCUUAGGAGAACAAACUGAUGAUCGGAUUAAAUUAAUUUUACGAAAAAGUAUGAGAAAAUUUAUAUCUCAACAUAGAACUAUGGAGUGUAUUACACACUCUGCAACAAAUUUAUGCUAUUUAAAUAGGCAAAUUAUAAAUAUUUUAGAAGGUCUAGGAAUAAACGUUUCUAUUUUUGUUGAACAUCAAGAUAAUUAUGUUUUAAGCUUACUAAAUGAGUUACUUGAGAAUCCUGUAAAGUAUGUACGUAGAACAGUUGGAAUUGUGCCAUGCAAUUCUAGUGUUAAAGAUUCGAAAAUUUUUAAAAAAAUUUUAAUACAAAUUUUUAAUAAAAUCACACGAGAUUUAUACAAAAAGAAUAAAAUUUUAAUCAAAAAUGGAGCUGUUCUGUUAGGGACAGUUGACGAAUUGAUGGUUUUAAAAGAAAAUGAAGUUUUUAUAAAAGUAAAGAAAGAUUUGGUUGGAAAAUACGAUAAUUUUGUUGAAGAUGGAGAUUAUGUUAUAGUUAUUGGUCCUUGCAUUGUUGUUAAAAAUCCUUGUCUCCAUCCUGGAGAUAUUAGACCAGUUAUUGCUGUAAACAAACCAGAACUUGGAUUUAUGCGUAGUAUAUUAGUUUUUAACCAAGUAGGACAAAGACCAAUUUCUAAUAUGUGUUCUGGUUCAGAUCUAGAUGGUGAUAUGUAUACAAUUAUUUGGGAAAAAAAUUUAAUUCCUAAAAAUUAUCAUGAUCCAUCUUUGUAUGAAGAUCAAACAUUUUUGUCUAAAGAAGUGGUAUGUUUAAAAGACAUUGUUAAUUUUUACAUAAGAUAUAUUAGAAAUUUCCACUUGGGUCAUAUUGCGCAUGCACACAUGGUGUAUUGUGAUUUAAACGAUGUAAAAAGCGAAAAUGCGAAGUUGCUAGCCGAGCUAUUCAAUAAAAGCAUAGAUUUUCCUAGGACAGGAUUUGUUGCAUCUGUGCCCGAAUCUCUUGUUCCUUUAAGUUUUCCUGAUUUUUUACAAAUACCAGGGAAUAUUUACCCUAGUUUUAAAAGUUUGGGUAUUUUAUAUAGAAGAUCGUUUAAUUCGUUGAUUAAUACAAAUUUAAAAUGUGAAUGUCAAGAUUGCUUAAGUAGAUUUAUUGACAAUCUUAAUUUUCCACUAAAAAAGAUUUUUGAAGGUAGUCAAAUUAAAUUUAAAAAAUUUAUUUAUAAAAAUGAUAUCAAUAUAUCAAAUACAGAAAAACAAUUUUAUAAAAAUUUCAAGAAAGAGAUAAAUAUUUUAUUAAAAAAGUUUAAGUUAAAUAAAGAAGAUGAACUUUUGUUACAAUUUCCUUCUGAAAAUGAUGAAAAGUUUUUUGAAAAUAUUUUAACAGAAAUGAAAAAAUUUUUUCAAAAAAUAAAAAAUGAAAUAAAGAUUCAAAAUAUAAAUGAAAUGGGUUUAUUAAAGAUGAGUGAGGAAUGUACAGAAAAUAUAAACAGUUUACCUUUAUCAAUUUAUAAUCAUGAUAGGUAUAAAUUUAGUUAUAAUCAUUUGUAUAAAAAAAAAUACGAUAAUUUUUUCUAUAAUUCUAAUAUAUUUGUCAAUCUGGUUAGUUUAAAAAGUGGCACAGAGGAGAUUUUAAAUACAGAGACCAAUGAUCUGUAUUUAUUUGACAAGGAAAAUAUGACAAAUGAAAAAAGUGAUGACUUAGAAAAAAAAUAUAUUAUAAAAAAUGAUAAAAUUUACGUCUAUACAGAUGUCAUGAUCUAUAAAAGGUUUUGUUCUAACAUAAAUAGAGAUUUUGAUGAUUCAUUUGGCGAAAUUUUCAAUCUUCUAUUUUUAUGUGAAUUUUUUGAUUCAAAAUUUUUUGAUUUAGUAUUUGUCUUUUUUUUAUUUUUACAAUCAAAAGUAAAAGCAAAUAAUAAGAUUGAAAUUUCCAAAGCUUUAUAUCAAAUAUCUAGGGAAUUUUACAAAAAUCCUACAGAUGAACCUUUUUCAUAUUUUAUUUAUAAAGCAUUAAUCCAGCCAAAAGAAAAAUUUUAUCUUGUAACUAUUAAUCAAAAAAUUGAUUUGAAAAAAAGAUUUCAGGAUAAUUCUCAGGAAGUUAAGUUAAUUAUUGACGGAAUUGCUCGUACAAUAUCUAGUGUUGGAUAUUUAUUUAUUUUUAGAAUAAGUCUUGUACAAAAGUAUCUUUCUUUAAAGAAUUUUGUAAGUGAAAAUUAUCAAAAACAGCAAUCCAACCAGAGUUAUGUCAAAAAAGGAGGACAGGGGGAUUUAGUAAUAAAAGGGAUGUUUGACACAUCCGAUGAAGUAAAAUUAGAAUUAUAUAAAGGGAUUAAGCAUAUGUUGCAUAAGGAUAUAAAUGUUUACAGUCCUAAAUUGAUGAAUCAAGGAUUUUGUGAGAUGGAGACACAUAAAAUUAAUGUAAAAGAAUUCUUUAUUAACACAUUUUUUAAUUAUUUACAUCCACGAAUUCAGAAAAACGAAAAGCAAAUGUUAGAAAAAAAUGAAGAAUUUGUUAAUUAUUUGAUUACAAUUACAAUUUUACCAGGCAAAUUUUACAUUUAUGAUGUACCAAAUAGCUUUUUAAAUGAAAAUAUGACUAUCGAGACACUUUCAUCUUCAUUACAGUUUUAUAAAAGGGUUUUCAAUGAAAAUUUUAAGACCAACCUUAAAUGUUAUUUUUUUAACAAUAAUGAUUUAAUAGAUGAAAAAACUCGUAAAGAUUUUAUGAUACAAAAAAAUAUUAAGUUUGAUGAAAAAAAAUGUAUAUAUACAUUUUCUAUGGUUUAUAAUAAUGUUAGAUAUCAAAUAUAUUAUGAUUUAGUAGAUAAUAAGCUCAUUAUUAAAUACAUUACAAAGGGUAGAUCUGUUGCUGGAAAACUUUUUAUUUUGAACGAUGCCGAUAAAAUGGAUAAAGAUGCGGAAUUUGAGAUUAUGUACGAAGAAAUAAUUUUAAAACAAAAUUUUAAAAAUAUGACUGCAGAAGAAGAGAAACUUUUAGACGAAGAUUUAUUGAAAAUUAAAGACGAUAAAUUUAUUGUUUCUAAAAGUUUAAAAAAUUGUAAAAAUUUUAGGUUUGAGAUAGACAUCAAGUUAAGCUUAAAGAAAGGUAAUAAUAUUGAGCUUAUUAAUCGUCGAAUAUUUACAGGAGGUAGAGAUAUUUUUACAUUAGAAAUGUGUCACAAAAGAUUAGUAGUAUCUUCCAACAGUGUUAACGAACAAAAUAGACUUAGCAAUGUAACACAAUUUAUUUCACUGUUUGAAAAAUCUUGGGAAAUAUUUUUACAAUAUUACGCUUGA